GGUCCGGAAGUGCCGAACAGGAACCAAGAUGGCCAACGUUGAUGCCCCUCAAAAGUUGUCAGGGAUGCCUUCGCCGUCUGAGGGGGUGGGAGGUGGCUGCUGCUCCGAAAUCUCCACCGAGCUCAUUCGCUCCCUGACAGAGCUGCAGGAGCUGGAGGCUGUGUACGAACGGCUCUGCGGCGAGGAGAAAAUGGUAGAGAAAGAGCUGGAUGCUCUUUUGGAACAGCAAAACACCAUUGAAAAUAAGAUGAUCACUCUCCACCGAAUGGGUCCCAACCUGCAGUUGAUCGAGGGAGAUGCAAAGCAGCUAGCUGGGAUGAUCACCUUUACCUGCAACCUAGCUGAGAAUGUGUCCAGCAAAGUCCGUCAGCUUGACCUGGCCAAGAACCGCCUCUAUCAGGCCAUUCAGAGAGCUGAUGACAUCUUGGACUUAAAGUUCUGCAUGGAUGGAGUUCAGACUGCCUUGAGGAAUGAAGACUAUGAGCAGGCUGCGGCUCAUAUUCAUCGCUAUUUGUGCUUGGACAAGUCAGUCAUUGAGCUCAGCCGACAGGGGAAAGAAGGCAGCAUGAUUGACGCCAACCUGAAAUUGCUGCAGGAAGCUGAACAGCGUCUCAAAGCCAUCGUAGCAGAGAAGUUUGCCAUCGCCACCAAGGCAGGGGAUCUUCCCCAGGUGGAGCGCUUCUUCAAGAUCUUCCCACUGCUGGGUUUGCACGAGGAGGGAUUAAGCAAGUUCUCAGAAUACCUUUGCAAGCAGGUGGCCAGUAAAGCUGAAGAGAAUCUGCUCUUGGUGCUAGGGACGGACAUGAGUGAUAGAAGAGCUGCGGUCAUCUUCGCCGAUACACUCACUCUUCUGUUUGAAGGGAUUGCCCGCAUCGUGGAAACCCACCAACCAAUAGUGGAGACCUAUUACGGGCCGGGAAAACUUUAUACCCUGAUCAAAUAUCUACAGGUGGAAUGUGACAGACAAGUGAAGAAGGUGGUAGACAAGUUCAUCAAGCAGAGGGACUACCACCAGCAGUUCCGGCAUGUCCAGAGCAACUUGAUGAGAAAUUCUACAACAGAAAAAAUCGAACCAAGGGAAUUGGACCCCAUCCUGACUGAGGUCACCCUGAUGAAUGCCCGCAGUGAGCUAUACUUACGCUUCCUCAGGAAGAGGAUCAGCUCUGAUUUUGAGGUGGGGGACUCCAUGGCUUCAGAAGAAGUAAAGCAAGAGCACCAGAAGUGUUUGGACAAACUCCUCAAUAACUGCCUAUUGAGCUGUACCAUGCAGGAACUAAUUGGCUUAUAUAUUACCAUGGAGGAGUACUUCAUGAGGGAAUCUGUCAAUAAGGCUGUGGCUCUGGACACUUGUGAGAAGGGCCAGUUGACCUCGAGCAUGGUGGAUGACGUCUUCUACAUUGUUAAGAAGUGCAUUGGGCGGGCUCUGUCCAGCUCCAGCAUCGACUGUCUCUGUGCCAUGAUCAACCUCGCUACCACAGAGCUGGAGUCUGACUUCAGGGAUGUUCUGUGCAAUAAGCUGCGGAUGGGCUUCCCAGCCACAACCUUACAGGACAUCCAGCGCGGGGUGACAAGUGCUGUGAACAUCAUGCAUAGCAGCCUCCAGCAGGGCAAAUUCGACACGAAAGGCAUCGAGAGCACUGACGAGGCCAAGCUCUCCUUCCUGGUAACUCUGAACAACGUGGAAGUCUGCAGUGAAAACAUCUCCACUCUGAAGAAGACACUGGAGAGUGACUGCACCAAGCUGUUCAGCCAGGGCAUCGGAGGGGAGCAGGCGCAGGCCAAGUUUGACAGCUGCCUUUCUGACCUGGUUGCUGUGUCCAACAAAUUCCGAGACCUCUUGCAGGAGGGGCUGACAGAGCUCAACAGCACAGCAGUCAAGCCGCAGGUGCAGCCUUGGAUCAACACCUUUCUCUCCGUCUCCCACAACAUCGAGGAGGAAGAAUUCAACGACUAUGAAGCCAACGACCCUUGGGUACAGCAGUUCAUCCUUAACUUGGAACAGCUAAUGGCGGAGUUCAAGGCCAGCCUGUCCCCGGUCAUCUAUGACAGCCUGACCGGCCUCAUGACCAACCUUGUUGCCGUCGAGUUGGAAAGAGUGGUGCUGAAAUCCACCUUCAACCGGUUGGGUGGUCUGCAGUUUGACAAGGAGCUGAGGUCACUCAUUGCCUACCUUACCACAGUGACCACCUGGACCAUCCGAGACAAGUUUGCUCGGCUCUCCCAGAUGGCCACAAUCCUCAAUCUGGAGCGGGUCACUGAGAUCCUAGAUUACUGGGGUGCCAACUCUGGCCCAUUGACGUGGCGCCUCACCCCUGCCGAAGUGCGCCAGGUGCUGGCUCUGCGCAUGGACUUCCGCAGCGAGGACAUCAAGAGGCUGCGCCUGUAGCUCCAGGGUGAGCCCACCUGGCCCAUUACACGGCCAGGCCUGUUCUCUAAGUGGCCAUAGCCAAGGAGCUGGGUAAGGCUACCUGGCUGGAGGGAGCUCUGACAGUCCAGACUCUUCCAUGGCUGGCAGCAAGGAAACAAAGCCUACACUUACUCCAUGCUCUGCCCUCGGACCUAGCUGGGUGAUGCUUUGGGGGCAGCCUUUCCCCACCAAGAUAGGUAGACUCCUAAUUCGGUGGGAAAGCCAAGGCAGGCCAGCUUUCUGUGUGGCCCUGAAACAUUCCAACAAACACGCUGCCCCUAGCAGCCUUUAGAAGACUUGGGUACAUCUGGAGACCUGAGAAUUAGGUUUGACUUUGAGGAAAAGCUCUGAUGUUCAUGAUCCCUGAAUAAAGACAUUCCUUGGAGAGA